ACUUUUGUACACUAAAUAAGUAUUUUAUACUAUUUUUAAGAUUUAUGCAUUUUUUUCGAGGCUGUGUUAGUCAAAAAGAAUUGUAGCUGUUAAAAAGCAUCUUGAAACAUCUGCGUUCUGUUGUAUUUGUUGCGCUGCGUCCUGUUUUUAAGCGCAAGAACGCGUUCGAUCUGAACAGCCCCGCAGUGAUGACUUUUGGUGAACUAUCCCUUUAAGAACUUAACGUUGGUGUCGGAACAAUACUGCAGCACGCGUUUCUGCCCGGUCUGCUUUUCAUGUUAUAUCUCACACUUUCACGUGUAGUACUGACUUCCGUUUAAAGUGUUUUUGACCAGAACAUCGGCGUGGAGAAUAAUGGUUUGCUAGGUUGUAUGAGAUCAUUCACACCCACGGUUCACUGGCAUCACAGUAGAUCUGAGAAAUGCUGCAAGAGCUUGGGGAGAUGACUCCUCAGCAGCUGUCACUUCUCUUGUCUGUAUUGCAGGAAAAGUUGAAGUUGCUUCCAGCCUUUUUGAAGGUAAAAUGCAAAUUGUUAGUAAAGCAGCACAUUGAUUCCUUCCAUUACUUCAUCAAUGUAGAAAUAAAAAAGAUAAUGAAGGCUAAUGAGAAGAUAACAAGAAAUGCUGACCUGAUGUGGUACGUUAAAUACCUCGAUAUCUACAUUGGCAUGCCUGAGGUUGAAGAAAGCUUUAAUGUGCCACCACAUGAGUGUCAUCCGAGAGACAUGACAUAUUCUGCUCUCAUCACUGUGGACAUUGAAUACACAGAAGGCAGCCAGAGAAUGAUUCGAAAUGCCCUUUCCUCAGGAAGGAUGCCAAUAAUUCUGCAAAGCUCCAAUUGUGUCUUGACAGGAAAGAUCCAGAUGCUAAAUAAAUGCCCCCUAGAUCCAGGUGGGUAUUUCGUUGUGAAAGGCCAAGAAAAGGUCAGUCUUAUUCAGGAACAGUUGUCCAAGAUCCGCAUCAUUGUUGAGCAAGAUCACAAGGGUGCCGUGGGAGCCUCAGUCACCAGUACCUUACAAACAAAUGAAAAUAAGGGUAUUAAAAAAAAAACAUUAGUUUAUCCUUUUAAAGUUCCAGCCAUCUCUAAAGACGCACCCAUUGCUAUUAUAUUUAAGGCAAUGGGAGUUGAGAGUGAUCAGGAGAUCGUUCAGAUGAUUGGCACAGAGGAACAUGUCAUGGUUGCUUUUGCCCCCAGUUUGGAGGAGUGUCAGAAGGCCCAAGUAUUCACCCAAAUUCAGGCACUGAAAUACAUUGGAAAUAAAAUAAGGUGCCAGCCCAUGUGGGGCGGCCCUAAGAAAACCAAGAUACCAAGGUACUCACCACGAAUGAUAUGUUGUUGUGUCUCCCAUGAGAAAGAAUUUAACUUUCGAGCUGAGUGUAUCUACCUGGUGGUGAUGGUACAUAGAGUGAUUCUUGCUCAAGGAGACAACAAGGUGGACAAUCGAGAUUACUAUGGAAACAAACGUCUGGCGCUGGCUGGCCAGCUUCUGUCCCUGCUGUUUGAGGAUCUGUUCAAGAAGUUUAACUCUGAGCUGAAGAUCACAGACCAGAUCAUCCCCAAAUAGAGAGCAGCUCAGUUUGAUAUUGUGAAGCACAUGAGACAGGACCAGAUCACAAACGGCAUGGUUAACGCCAUCUCCAAUUGUUUAAUUGUCUUCUAUGCUUGUGGUCUGGUGAAGAAUCUGGCUUUGAUGACCCACAUCACCACUGACAUGGAGGACGGCCCCAUCAUCAAACUGGCCUUCAACCUGGCAGUGGAGGACGUCAACUUUCUAUGCGGAGAGGAGUUGUUCUACCCCAAUGUCUUCCUCGUCUUCCUCAAUGGAACAAUUCUUGGAGUGAUCAGUGACCAUCAUAAGUUGGUUUAUACCUUCAGACUAAUGAGACGAGCCAGUUUUGUUAAUGAGUUUGUGUCCAUCUCCACCAAUCUGACCGACCGCUGUGUGUACAUCUCCUCUGAUGGGAGCCGUUUGUGCAGAAUCUAUGAACCUUGUAUGCAUGUUUUAUUUAGAGAGACGGCCCAUUUAGAGAUCAAACCGUUUAUGCAGCUGGGGGUUUGUGUUGGUUUGAUUCCUUACCCUCAUUAUAACCAGUCUCCCAGAAACAACUACCAGUGUGCUAUGGGUAAGCAGGCCAUGGGUGAGACACCCUGGAACCAGAGGAACUGUAUAGACACCCUGAUGUACCUGCUUGCAUACCCACAGAGGCCCAUGGUGAAGACAAAGACUAUCAAGCUCAUUGACUUCGAGAAGCUACCCGCAGGCCAGAAUGACACUGUAGCUAUAAUGAGCUACAGUGGGUAUGAUAUUGAAGAUGCUGUGCUCAAUAAGGCCUCUCUCGACAGAGGCUUUGGCAGAUAUCUAGUAUACAAAAACACUAAGUGCACAUUGAGGCGGUACACUAACCAAACCUUUGAUAAGGUGAUGGGGACAAUGCUUGACACUGAAACACGGAAGCUCAUCUGGAGGCACAGCAUCCUGGAUGCUGAUGGCAUCUGUUCCCCUGGUGAGCGGGUCGAGAACAAACAGGUGCUGGUGAAUAAGUCCAUGCCCACCGUCUCCCAAACACCACUGGAGGGCAGUGCCCAGCCAGGCCAACCACAGUACAGAGACAUGCCAGUCAUGUACAAAGGAACAUCAGACUCUUACAUUGAGAAGGUGAUGAUCUCAAAGCAGAGACGCCUUUUUUUGGUCAAGAUCCUGCUCAGGCAAACAUACAGAUCAGAGGUAGGAGACAAGUUCAGCAGUCAACAUGGACAGAAAGGUGUUUGUGACCUGAUCAUUCCUCAAGAGGACAUGCCUUUCUGUGACUCCAGAAUCUGCCCUGACAAUACUAUUUUACAUUUCUUGACUUGAUCUGAUUUUAGAAUGUGUGUUGAUAAGCUGAUUGAGAUAUUGGCUGGUAAAGCAGGGGUUCUGGAUGGGUGUUUUCACUAUGGUACUGCUUUGGGGGGCAGUAAAGUGAAGGAUGUGUGCGAGGAUCUUAUUCGCUUCAGAAACAAUUACCAGGGCAAGGAUUACAUCACCUCGACUUAAACUAGGGAACCUCUGGAAACAUACAUCUACUUUUGUCCAGUGUAUUAUCAAAAACUUAAUCACAUGGUGCAAAUGCAUGCCAGAACACGUGGUCCAAGAGCAGUGCUCACUAGGAAGCCCACUGAGGGACGUUCCAGGGAUGUUGGUCUGCAUCUUGGAAAGAUGGAGAGGGAUUAUCUCAUCGGCUGCAGAGCCAGCAUGCUGCUUCUGGAGCAGCUGAUGAUCUCAAGUGAUGCUUUUGAGGUGGAUGUGUGUGGACAGUGCGGCUUGCUUGGAUAUUCAGGAUGGUGCCAUUACUGCAAAUCUUCAUGCCAUGUGUCAUCUCUACGAAUUCCAUAUGCCUGCAAACUGCUCUUCCAAGAACUGCAGUCCAUGAACAUCAUCCCUCGCCUCAAACUGGCUUGCUACAAUGAGUAA